ACCGAUUGUUCGCACAGAAACAACAACAAAUAAACAUAUGACGUUUGUCAUAACCUCAACAAUACAAAAAAAUUGCAUACGAAUGUGGCAAAAGCACAGACGGAAAACAGAGAGCUGUCUGGUGUGCGACCAAAAAUUGUUGUUGUGAUACCAAUUGCAUAUACUUCACAGGAAAAUUGUGUACAUUUAUUAUUGGAAAUUAUUAAAAUCGCAUAUACAAGUUUUAAGUACAAAAUAUAAACGAACAAUUGUGAAUUUGUUGCAAGUUUUCGUUAAGUGCCAAACAAACGUGUUGAAAUUAGGCGAAAGAAAAUGGUUAAAACUAAAAAGGGCAAGAAAGAGAUAGUAACCAAUGUGGCAGGAGCAGCCUCAUCUGGUGAUGAAAAUGAAACGGAAGCACAAACGAUUUUGGAGUCUGACACUGACCAGGAUAAUGUGAGCAGCAAAAAUAAGAAGAACCAACAGAAGCAGUCGAAAAAGAGUAAAAAAAAUAGAAAAGACUCAAUUGAUGAUGCAGAAGGUGAAGUGGGAAGUAUAACGUCAGCAGUAAAAAAUAUGGAUUUAAAAACUAAAACUAAAGGAAAGCAAGCUCAAAAGAAUAAAGAGGAGCUUUCUGAAAAGUCGGAAGAUGAUAAUGGCGAUGAAGAUUUAACAACUAAGGGAAAAAAUAAGAAAGGUAAAAAAAAAGCCGCUCCGCAGAAAUCUGCAUUUGAGCUUUUAAUGGACGACGACGAUGACGAUGAUAAUGAUUUGGAACCUCAAGUGCAAGAAAGCGAUCAUGAUGAUACUGAAGAAGAAACUAAAACGAAUGAUAAGAAAAAUAAAAAUACAAAUAAAAAAGGAAAAAAAGCUAAACGAAAAGGUAAAGACGAUGAUGAUGAAGAUUUAGAUAAAGUAUUAGCUGAACUACAAGCGGAAUAUGCUGACGAAAAGCCGGAAUCAACUCCAGCAGCGGUUGUAUCUCCCGAUGAUUGGGCUGAUGAGGAAUUUAAUAAAAAGAAGAAUAAAAAAGCACAAAAAGUAAAGCAGCAAACUACAGAGGAUUUAGCAGCUGAUGAAUUAAAUGAUGAGGAUGCUGGUGAAAAUGAAGGUGGCACUGUAAAAACAGCUGCACAAAAGAAAAAGGAGAAAAAGGAACGACAAAAACGUGAAGCUGCUUUGGCGAAACAACGUGCCGCCCAGGAGCCAAAACAACACCAACCACCUGCUGUGGCGGAAGAUAAAAUUGUAGAGGAGCAAAUUGAAGAUGUGCCAGUAAUGUCAGUCAGUAAUGAAAACGAUACCGAAGCUCAAAAAGCUGAUGAAACUGAAACGCCAAUCACUCAAGAUGAGGACGGUAGUAAGGCUGCAGCCAAAAAUAAAAAAAAGUCCAAAAAAGAUAAGAAGGCUGAGGAAGAGGAGAGCAAAAAGGAUAGUAAGAAGAAAGGUGUAUCAGCGGCAAUGGUGGCUGCUAUGCAGGAACGCUUAAAAAAAAUUAAAGAGGAAGAAGAACGUCAAAGGCAAUUAGAAGAAGAGCGCAUAAGACAAGAAGACGAGCGUGAACGUUUGCGGUUGGAAGCGAUACGUUUAGAAGCGGAGAGAAAAGAGAAAAAAAAGCAAAAAGAAGCUGAGCGUAAAGCACGUCUGAAAGCUGAAGGUAAACUUCUUACCAAAAAACAAAAAGAGGAACGCGCGCGUGCGCAGGCUAUGUUGGACGCACUCAAAGCACAAGGGCUCGAAAUACCAGAUCCCGCAGAGAAAAGACCUGCUAGACCUGGUACACGUAUACGUCCAAAAAAGAAGGGACCAGGUAAUAAAGAAGAGCAAACUGAUACGACAGCAAAAACGGAAGAAGAUAUAAAUACUGCUACCGAAUCGCAAAAGGAAGAAGAAAAAGUAGAGAUUGUUAAAGAAUCAUGGGAUGUAAGUGAUAGCGAGGGUGAUGUUAAUGGCGAUGAAGAACAAUCUCAAGCUACUAGUAAUAAUGAGGAAAAAUCAAAUGAAGACGCGCAAGAAGGUGCAGAUGAAGAAGAAGCUGAUUCUGAAGAUGAAGACUCAGAGAGUGAAUCUGACGAUGAAAGUGAAUCUGAAAAGGAAGAAGAAGACGCAUUUAAUCCCAAUGAUCCAGAAGCCAGACGUUUACGUGCUGAAGCACGUAUCAUUAAACGACAAGAAGAUGCUGAAAAGCAACGAACAACAGACGAUCUAAGAGCCGCCGUUGUUUGUGUGUUAGGACAUGUCGAUACUGGUAAAACAAAAAUUUUGGAUAAACUGCGACGCACACAUGUACAAGAUUCAGAAGCCGGUGGUAUAACACAACAAAUAGGCGCUACGAAUGUACCUAUUGAUGCAAUAAAAGAACAGUCAAAAAUUGUACGUAAUGGAGCUGAAUUUGAGCACAAAUUGCCUGGUCUAUUAAUUAUUGACACACCUGGGCAUGAAUCUUUUAGUAAUUUGCGUAAUCGCGGCUCGUCUCUAUGUGACAUUGCAAUUCUAGUAGUUGAUAUAAUGCAUGGUCUAGAACCACAAACUAUUGAAUCAAUCAAUUUGCUCAAAAAGAAAAAAUGUCCAUUCAUAGUUGCACUUAAUAAAAUUGAUCGUUUAUAUGAUUGGAAAGUGAUGGCACGACGUGAUAUACGUGAUGUAUUAAAGGAACAGCAACCCAAUACAAUGCUUGAAUUCGAGCAACGUGCCAAGGAAGUAAUAUUGCAAUUUGCCGAACAGGGCUUAAAUGCAGCGCUCUUCUAUGAAAAUCCAGAUCCCAAGACUUAUGUGUCAUUGGUGCCCACAAGUGCUAUAACGGGUGAAGGUAUGGGUAAUUUACUAUUUUUAAUAGUUGAAUUUUGUCAAAAGAUGUUGGCUAAACGUUUGAUGUACUCUGAGGAACUGCAAGCAAUCGUGCUUGAAGUGAAGGCCAUACCUGGUCUUGGUACAACUAUUGAUGCAAUACUUAUCAAUGGUAAACUACGUGAGGGACAAACUAUGAUUUUAGCUGGUACGGAUGGUCCCAUAGUUACUCAAAUACGAUCAUUGCUAAUGCCACAGCCAAUGAAAGAAUUGCGUGUGAAGAAUGCUUAUGUCGAGCAUAAAGAAGUAAAGGCUGCUCAAGGUGUUAAAAUUGCUGCUAAAGAAUUAGAAAAAGCUAUUGCUGGCAUAAAUCUUUUAAUAGCACACAAACCUGAUGAAGUAGAAAUAUGCAGGGAAGAAGUUGCUAAAGAACUUAAGAGUGCACUUAGUCAUAUAAAACUAGCUCAAACUGGAGUUUACGUACAAGCAUCUACAUUGGGUUCUUUGGAAGCACUUUUGGAAUUUCUACGUACUUCUAAAAUUCCGUUACCAAUUAUAAAUCCUUAA